AUGCCACUUUGUGUUUGCCAACAGACUCGGGAAUCACGACAUCCUGACGACACCUUGAGUUGUCAUGACCCUCUUUGCCUCGUUGGAGCUCGUCUGAUGCAAAAAAAGGUUCCUUUGCUACCAGUUUUCCUUUUUCGCAUCUCUUAGAAAACAAAGAAAUCACUCUUUUUUUACGGUCACGUCGUUGCAUAUUUAUUGCUGAUAAGAGUUGUUCGAGUAGUGCUAGU